UCUGAAGAAUGACAGCUGUGACAGACAACAUAACCAAGCAUGUUUAGCGCGUCUGUUGAAACCAUUCAUCACACGACAUUCAUUUGUUAAACAACUGAAUACCGAUACUUCAGCAACGUAUAUUAUAAAAGUUUUCAUAGUUUUCAUUUGUGUAAAAAUUGCGCAUUCAACAUGGAUACGCUUGAAUACGGGGAUAUUUUAUGCGAAAGCAAAGGCAACAUGACGUCUGGCCGCCUCAAAAUGACCGAUCAAAACAUCAUCUUCAAAAGCAAUAAAACAGGCAAAGUUGAUCAGCUAAAUGGAAGCGACAUUGAGAUGGUGAACUUUCAACGAUUUGUUGAUUCGAUUGGUUUGCGUAUGUUCACAAAAAAUGGUUCUUUGCAUCGUUUCAUCGGUUUCAAAUCAGGCGAAGAGGGUAAACUUGCUGAUUUUUUCAAAAAGAAUUAUGCAAAAGAUAUGCUUGAAAAAGAAUUAUCAUUACGCGGAUGGAAUUGGGGCACCGUACAUUUCAAUGGAUCCGUAUUGAAUUUUGACUGUGACAAAAAGACCAGCUUCGAAAUACCUCUACAAAAUGUGUCACAAUGUACAACUGGUAAAAAUGAAGUCACAAUGGAAUUUCAUCAGAACGAUGACACACCGGUUAGUUUGGUUGAAAUGCGGUUUCACAUACCAGUAACGGAAUCAGCCGAAGUCGAUCCAGUCGAAGCAUUCCAUCAAAAUGUGGUUAAGCAAGCAUCCGUUUUGUCUGCUUCGGGUGAUGCCAUCGCCAUAUUCCGAGAACUUCAAUGUCUUACACCGCGUGGUCGUUACGACAUUAAAAUCUUCCAGUCGUUCUUUCAACUUCAUGGAAAAACAUUUGACUAUAAAAUUCCAAUGUCGACGGUAUUACGACUGUUCCUAUUGCCACACAAAGACAAUCGUCAAAUGUUCUUCAUUCUGUCAUUGGAUCCGCCAAUUAAACAAGGUCAAACGCGUUAUCAUUUCCUUGUAUUGUUAUUUGGCAACGAAGAAGAUACAAGCAUCGAGUUACCGUUCAGCGAAGAAGAGCUGAAAACAAAAUACGAAGAUAAAUUGACGAAGGAACUGUCAGGACCGGUGUACGAAGUGUUAGGCAAAAUAAUGAAAGCAUUGGUUAAUCGAAAAUUGACGGGACCCGGUUCAUUUAUUGGACAUUCAGGUACGCCGGCCAUUGCGUGCUCAUUCAAAGCGGCCGCUGGUUAUUUAUAUCCAUUAGAACGUGGUUUUAUGUACGUAAACAAGCCACCGAUGCACAUUCGAUUCGAAGAAAUUUCAUCGGUUAAUUUUGCCCGAAGUGGUGGUUCCACGCGUAGUUUUGAUUUUGAAAUUGAACUCAAAACCGGCGUUAAGACAACAUUCAAUAGCAUCGAAAAAGAAGAGUACAAUACACUUUUCAAUUACAUUACGAACAAAAAGGUUCAUGUCAAAAAUACCGGAAAAAGUGAUAAAGCUGGUUACAAUGAUAAUGACUUUGGCGAUUCGGAAAAUGAAGGUGAACCAGAUGCAUACCUGGCACGUGUAAAGGCUGAAGGAAAAGCUCGUGAUUCAGAUGACGAUGGCAGCAAUUCAGAUGAAUCUACUGAUGAUGAUUUCAAUCCAGAUGCUGAAAAAGAAGAAGAUGUUGCCGAUGAAUAUGAUAGUAACGUAUCGACAACAGAUUCGUCUGACGGUGAAUCGGAUGAUAGUGCGGCUCGCGAAAAGAAGAAGAAAAAGAAGGAGAAAAAGGAAAAGAAAAAAGAUCACCGUGAAAAGACAAGCAGCAGUUCGUCAAAAUCAAAGAAAAAGAAGAACAAAGAUGAAAAUGCACCAAAACGAGCAUCUACCGCAUUCAUGUUAUGGUUGAAUGAGAGCCGCGAAGAAAUCAAACGUGAAAAUCCAAACUUAAAAGUAACUGAAAUCGCAAAAAGAGGUGGCGAAUUGUGGCGUGAACUCAAAGAUAAAUCGAUUUGGGAAGAAAAGGCCGCAAAAGAUAAAGAACGCUACGCCAAUGAAAUGAAGAACUACAAAGCAUCUGGCGACGAUUCGGCGUCCAAGAAACGCAAGAAAGAAUCAUCAUCGCCCAAAAAAUCAACGUCACAAACAAUGGCCGGCAGUGGAUUUAAGAGCAAAGAAUAUAUCUCGGAAGAUGACAGCUCGAGCGGUUCAGAUGACAACAAAAAGAAGAAGAAAAAGAAGAAUGAAACGGAAUCGGAAGACGAUGAUGAUGAAGACGAAGAAGAUGGUAGCGGCAGUGCCAGUGAUUAAACAGACCGUUUCCCAGCGAAACUCAUUACAAUUCUAGAUUAAGCCAGAAAGAAAAACAACAACAACAACCAAUGUUAUGUCUAAGUAUUUUUUUAAGCUCACAAAUGCAUUGGUUUAAUAACUAAUGAAAAUGAGAUGUUGAGAUUCGUUUGUAUGUUUUUAUAUUAAGUAAUAUCAUUUCCAUUCAUAAUUCUAAUGUCUAGUGACAUAAUAUUGAAUAAGAAUAGUUGAAUAAAUGAUCAUUUUCACAAAACAUA